GCUUGGUAUUGCGCUCCCUGGUGUUUGUACAUCUGCUACGCGUAAAGUUUGCAAAAUUAGUCAUUAGUUUAAUUUCAACUUGAUCCUUCCCGAAAAGCUUUCCGGCCACCGCAUCAUGCAAAGUGACCAGCAGCAGUUUUUUGGUGGCCCACCGUACCAGCAGCAACAACCAGCUGGUGGGUAUAAUGUGGGAUUUGCACCCCAACCGGGAAUGCAACCGGGCUUCCACCCGAGCGCAUUUGUGCCCCCACCAGAACCGGCCGGAUACCCGCCGUAUGACCCCGAGUCGGGAACGGCGAAGGGAUUCGAUUUCAGCGACCAGUCGAUUCGCCGGGGAUUCAUUCGGAAAGUGUAUUCCAUUUUGACGGUCCAACUUUCGAUCACGUUCGUGUUUGUGGCAUGGGUGCUGAACCACAAGCCCUCACGACUGUGGGUGCAACAGCAUCCCGGUAUGUACUGGAUCGCGUUUGCGGUUAUGAUUGGCGCACUCAUUGCCAUCGCUUGCUGCGGCGAUCUUCGGCGCAAAGCCCCGAUGAACUUCGUAUUUCUGGGUCUCUUUACCUUCGCUGAAUCGUUUCUCGUGUGCGUGAUCACUGCCAACUACAGUUCCUCGGAGGUAAUGCUGGCCUUCGGAAUCACGGCAGCCGUCUGUCUCGGGUUAACUUUGUUUGCGUUCCAAACCAAGUGGGACUUCACAAUGAUGGGUGGUAUUCUGUUCGUGGCGGUCCUGAUCCUGAUGCUGUUCGGCAUCAUUGCCAUGUUUUUCCCCGGUAAAACCAUUACGAUCGUGUACGCGUCGGCCGGGGCGCUGCUCUUCUCGAUCUAUCUCGUCUACGAUACGCAGAUUAUGCUCGGUGGCGAUCACAAGUAUUCGAUUAGCCCGGAAGAGUACGUUUUUGCCGCGCUCAAUCUGUACCUCGAUGUGAUUAACAUUUUCCUGCACAUCCUCUCCAUUAUUGGUGCAUCAAGGAACUAAUGGACAGUGUGUGAAGACACUAUUCUUUUGCGUUGUAGCUCCAUUCACGUUUGGCCCCAAGGUGGUUUCUGCAGCAUUUACUUAUACCGCCCAGUAACCACUUUACGCGCUCCCUCAUAAGUUUACACGCGUGUGGACAACUGUAACCUAAGUUUUUACAUGACUCGUACAUCUGUUUUGUUGAUUAUUAUUAUCAAUAAUGGGUUGAUCGAUAAUGGGUUUCAUGGAAUGCAAAGUAUAUACCUUAAAUUACUAAAAGGAAAACUAAAUGUUGUGUGUCAGAAACAAACGA